GCUCGGGGACAAGUAGCACACUUUAAGUUGCAAUAGGACUACCCUUUUUAAAUCCUUAACACGUGCCUCCCGGGGUCGGAACAUCCGUUUCCUGCUCAGUCGAGAUCACGAUAUGGAUGCAAAGCAGGCAAACGGGGGGAUUCGGCCCAAUUCUAGCAACUUGGAGAAGGAUUCCGCAAUUCUAUAUGCUGGGGGUGACCGGCCAAGCUGGGUGGACUACAUACCUACAAAAUGGCGUCCGUACAUUCAACUCUCACGCCUCAAUUUUGCAGCACCAGUGCUGCUUGUCUACCUCCCUCAUUUCUAUGGAGUAAUGCAUACGGCUAUCGUACACAGACACGACUACCGUAUUCAAGACGUCGUCUAUGUGUGUAUACUGCUUCUCGGGGGAAGCUUCUUCUAUUCCAAUGCAGCUCACGCCUGGGACGAUAUUGUAGACGUGCCCCUCGACAGGAAGAUGGAACGCACCAAGAAUCGACCUAUUGCUAGGGGCGCCAUCACCACCAAGGCGGCAUUUGUGUUCACAGUGGCGCAGGCUCUAAUGGCAGCGAGUUUCUUAUUAUUGCUGCCUCCAGCUGCGGCUAUGAGCGCGGUCCCGUCGGUUUUAACGGCUACAUAUUACCCAUAUGCCAAAAGACAUACCUACUUGCCUCAAGUGGUCCUUGGAUUUUGUCUGGCCUGGGGUGUGGUAACGGGAAGCGCGAGCUUGGGUCUGAAGCAACCUUGGGACAGCCGGCCCAGGAUGUGUCUUGUGCUAGCCUGUACUAUUUGGACCGUGAUUUACGACACAAUUUAUGCGCACAUCGACGUUCCUGAGGAUCUCAGGCUCGGCCUCAAAAGCACCGCUGUCCUAUUUAGACAUCAUCUGAAGUCUUUCCUGUGGUCGCUUCUGGGUUGUAUGGCUGUAUUACUUCACUGUUGUGGAGUUCUCUCUGAUCUCGGUUUGUUAUAUUUUAUCAUUGCUGAAGGGAGCAGUAUAGUAUACAUAGGUCUUAUGAUAUACAGAGUGGAGUUGAAUAGCGAAACCAGCUGUUAUCGAUGGUUCUCCAUGGGCUUCUGGGUGCCUGGUUUCGCUAUAGCUUUUGGGUUAAUUGGCGAGUACCUGCUUGGUUGACGCCUUAUCUGAAGCACUUGGACAAGGAUACUAGUCCUGGCAACAGCACCGCGAAGUUCUACCUAGGCACAACUUGAGGGGAACAAUUCCAGGUCAGCCCAUGCGCGCAACACG